CUCUGUGUGCACCCAAGAAAAUACCAGGUGCCCGUCACCGUGCUCCAAACGCUACGAGCCAAACUGGAAACCCUCCGUGUCGUCCACCAUUUCACUAUUCUUCCCUCUCAACGCAGUACCCCGAAGUUCCAAUAUAGCAUCACCGUUUGAACCACAAUCGAUACGUAAAUCGAUGCUAAAUUGAAUCUCACUGCAAGGAUAUUGGAGUUGUGGGUGGCUCUGAUCUGAAUAGCAUAUGGAGGAGAAGAGAAAUAUAUUGUUUGGGAAAUAUGAGAUGGGAAGGCUGUUGGGCAAAGGGACUUUUGCCAAGGUCUACUACGGCAAAGAAAUGGUGGCCGGCGAGAGCGUGGCGAUCAAAGUCAUAAACAAGGACCAGGUGGUGAAAAAAGAGGGCAUGAUGGAGCAGAUAAAGCGCGAGAUCUCGGUCAUGCGCCUGGUCCGACACCCCAACGUGGUGGAGCUCAAGGAAGUCAUGGCCACCAAGACCAAGAUCUUUUUCAUCAUGGAGUACGUCCGCGGCGGCGAGCUCUUUGCCAAGGUUGCCAGGGGCAAGCUCAAGGAGGACUCGGCCCGCAACUACUUCCAGCAGCUGAUCAGCGCAGUCGAUUUCUGCCAUAGCAGAGGCGUCUCCCACCGAGAUCUCAAACCUGAAAACCUCUUACUCGAUGAGAACGAGAACCUCAAGAUUUCCGACUUCGGCCUGUCCGCUUUGCCCGAACAGCUGCGCAACGACGGGCUCCUCCACACGCAGUGUGGCACUCCGGCGUACGUGGCCCCGGAGGUCUUGAAGCGGAAAGGAUACGACGGGUCCAAGGCCGAUAUUUGGUCCUGUGGAGUGAUCCUAUACGUACUGCUAGCUGGGUUUCUUCCUUUUCAGGACGAGAAUCUUAUGAGAAUGUAUAGCAAAAUCUUUAAAUCCCAGUUCGAGUUCCCCCUUUGGUUUUCGUGCGAGUCGAAGCGAUUGAUCUCCAAGCUCCUCGUCCCCGACCCAGAUAGACGCAUCACGAUCCCGGCCAUAAUGCGCGUCCCUUGGUUCCGCAAAGGGAUAACGAGGCCGGUUCGACCGGUCGCUGCCAUUGAGAUUAUCAAAGAAACAACGCAAUCAGAAGCCGUGGGGGAUAAUCACGAUCGUGCGCCUCCGAAGACUCCAAGUUUCUUCAACGCGUUCCAGCUCAUAGCCUCAAUGUCGUCCGGGUUCGACUUGUCGAGCCUGUUCGAGGAGAAGCGGAAGGUGGGGUCGAUGUUCACGUCGAGGUGCGCGGUCGCGUCGAUUGUGGCGAAAAUUGAGUCGGUGGCUAAGGGGCUGAGCUUCCGGGUGGCGAAAGCAAAGGACUUUAAGGUGAGAUUUGAAGCCCCCAUAGACGGGCGCAAGGGGAGGCUGGCCGUCACGGCCGAGGUGUUCGAGGUGGCCCCCGAGGUUGCCAUCGUGCAGUUCUCCAAGUCCGCGGGUGACACUUUGGAGUACGCCAAGUUUUUCGAAGACAGUGUCAGGCCUGCUUUGAAAGACAUCGUCUGGACAUGGCAAGAUGACAGUAUCUGUAACGCCUUGGAUGGAUGAUAGCAGUGCAGAAUGUGAAUGGUAUGACAUGCAUCAUUAUCGGUUUUGAUGUUUGUUUCAUAACAAUCAAGAACACAGGGAGAUACGUAGGAAAGCAAAAGCAAGAACGUUUUUUUUUUUUUUAAUGGAAAAACAUUAAUAUCAUUAUGUAAAUAGUUUGUGAUUAUUAUAUUCAAGUUUUGAAUAUCAGUGAUGGAGUGAAAGAUGACAAGGUUUUAUACAAUAUGUUGUUUUUAGUUACCUA